ACGACCCUGACUUUGACCUUAGUGGACAUUUUCACCCUGCUUCAGAGUAUAUCCACAAAGCACUGAGUGCUCCCCAAGGAUGUAGAACAGCCAACCCUGCUAGCUGCGAGACUUAAAACCGCAAGCACUUCAAAUAACAGAGUAUCAGCAACUUAAUCCAUAAGCUUACAGAGGAGGCAUGCUGUUUACCCAAAGCCAGCAGUGACUAAGAAAAGAAACGGAGAGGAGCAGAAGACAGGCUGCGUUGCUGUGAGCCUUGUGGAAGACAGGAUAUUAAAUAUCCAAAAGGGACAAGGCACAAAGAGACCAUUAGCAGUGCAUAAAGGCAAAAAAGAGGCAUGAACUGUGCCUCCAAGAGCAGCAGCAGCCUGGACAGCCAAAAGCAUUAUCAGACACCAGCACUCUCUGAACUCCAGAGGCUGAUAUGGAGAAGAGGAGGAUCCGACAACCAUGUGGACCAAGUGUGGCCAAACAUCUAUCUUGGAGAUGCAUGGGCAGCUAGAAGUAAAACCAUUCUUCAAGACCUCGGCAUCACCCACGUCCUCAAUGCAGCAGAUGGGCCAUACAAUAUCAACACUGGGGUUCAGUAUUACAGGGACCUGCCGGUUGAGUACUAUGGGGUACAAGCGUUUGAUGAUACCUCCUUUGAUAUAAGCAUCUUCUUCCACGAUGCUGCUAAUUUCAUACACAAAGCCUUAAAGACUGGAGGAGGCAAAGUGUUUGUACACUGUGCUAUGGGGUUAAGCCGCUCGGCCACUUUAGUGGUGGCAUACUUGAUGAUCCAUGAAAACCUGACGCUGGUGGAAGCCCUAAGAUCAGUGGAUUCACAAAGAGGCAUCUGCCCGAACACGGGGUUCCUCAACCAGCUUCGGGUCUUGGACAUUCAAUUAAACGAUGAGAGGAAAGGUUUCUCAGUACUGUCAAAAAGAGAUCGUUGUGAUGCAACACUACAGGGACAGUAAUAUGGAUCAAAGGAGGUCGUCUACUUGGCUAAGUAUCAUUACCUGGUUAUGAAAUAGUAAUUCAAACAGCAAAACAAGGAACCCUAUAUCUGUGCUAUUUUCAAACAAUGGAGCUGAUGUUGGAUGUCCUAGCAUUUUAAUCCCAAAUGAAGUCUGAAAUAGCAGUCCUGAUAUAACACUGCAGUCCCUUUUCCAAACGUGGAUACUUGCCAGUUUCACAAACCUUGAAAUCAUCUGAUAACUGAGUGGGAGUGUCGUACAAUAUUUUGUAAAGAUGAGCAGAUUAAGUCAAUGUUUUAUCCAACAUAGAUUCACGGUAUCAAUCUGCUUCUCACUCCUUAUCAUUUUUUUUGAAGAACAUUUCCAUGGUAUAAUUGAACUUGUUUUUGUAAGAAUGCCCAGGGCAUUCAAGAAAUAUUAACGGAAAGAAAGAUGUUCUGUUCAUUUAUUAUCCGCUACAGGUUUUGCAAUGGAACUAUAAAUGAUUUCAGUCUGCAAAGAAUUUUUGUGAUUGGAUAAGUGAAUAAAAUAUGAGGGUGUUUUUUUAAAAAAAAAUUCAUUACAACAUUAAAAUAAAAUGGAACAA